GCGGUGGCAGUUCCCGAAAGUGGACUUCAGCCAGCAGACACCAACUUCCAUGUCAACGUCACUGUGAGUUGCACCAAGUAAAGGUUAUUAUACUUAUUUUAUCCGCAAAUUCCAUCGUAUUAGCUCCUAAUCCUCCACCCCAAUUCUUCCUAAUUACACUUUAAUCUCAAUUUGCUAUUCCCAUUCCAUAUUUCUUUAUCCAUUCUAUUCCUUUUUCUUUUCAAUUCCCUUUUCCCCUAAUUUUCUUUCGUGGAGCAAGAAGAUCACCUACUGCCAACCAAUACACCGACGAAAACCACUUCCUCAAGAGUCACCCUGGUUCAGGUUUCGAUCGUCUUCUUUACCCAGCAGGUGGAAAAGAAUAAUGCCCGAUCGUGAUUGAAAGAGUUAUUAUGGAUUCAGCAAGGAGUUGGUUUCAGAAGUUCCAAACUGGAGUAAAGAAGGAAACUGUAAGUGAAAAUGAGGUUCAGGACGUACCUUCAAGUGCGACGAAGCAGAAAGUUGAGGUUGCCAAGCAAUAUAUCGAAAACCAUUAUAAAUCUCAAAUGAAGUCAUUGCAAGAUAGGAAGGAGAGACGGUGGGUGUUGGAGAGGAAGCUUGCUGAUGCCGAUGUUUCUGAGGAAGACCAAAUAAACGUUCUUAAAUAUUUAGAACAGAAGGAGACAGAAUACAUGCGCCUUCGUAGACAUAAAAUGGGCGUUGAUGACUUUGAACUUUUGACAAUUAUAGGAAGGGGUGCAUUUGGGGAGGUUAGACUUUGUAGAGAAAAAACCACAGGUCAUGUGUAUGCGAUGAAGAAGCUUAAGAAAUCUGAGAUGCUUCGCAGGGGGCAGGUGGAACAUGUCAAAGCUGAAAGAAAUCUUCUAGCAGAGGUUGACAGUGCCUACAUUGUGAAGUUAUAUUGCUCCUUUCAGGAUGAUGAUUUUUUGUAUCUUAUAAUGCAAUAUCUUCCUGGAGGAGAUAUGAUGACCCUGUUAAUGCGCAAGGAUAUUUUGACAGAGGACGAGGCUAGAUUUUAUGUUGGGGAAACAGUCCUUGCCAUUGAGUCCAUUCACAAGCAUAAUUACAUUCACAGAGACAUCAAGCCUGAUAAUUUACUGCUUGAUCGUUAUGGCCACAUUAAACUCUCAGAUUUUGGGUUGUGUAAACCCUUGGAGUCUAGUAGUUUCCCUAAUCUCAUCGAAGAAGAAAAAGUAAUGGGAAAGAACGUCAGAUCUUCCACAGAAAAUGAUAGUCAAACUAGUGUAUCGAAACGGACACAACAAGAACAAUUGUUACAUUGGCAAAAGAACAGACGAACAUUGGCUUAUUCAGCUGUUGGAACGCCGGACUAUAUUGCCCCAGAGGUGUUAUUGAGGAAAGGAUAUGGAAUGGAGUGCGACUGGUGGUCCCUUGGUGCAAUUAUGUAUGAAAUGCUUGUGGGAUUCCCACCUUUCUAUUCUGAUGAUCCAAUGUCUACAUGUAGAAAGAUUAUUAACUGGAGAACUCAUUUGAGAUUCCCGACAGAAGCAAAACUUUCCAUUGUGGCCAAAGAUCUUAUUUGCAAACUUCUAUGCAAUGUUGAGCAAAGGCUUGGAACCAAAGGAGCUAAAGAAAUUAAGGCGCAUCCAUGGUUUAAAGGUAUACAGUGGGAUAAAUUAUAUCAAAUGGAAGCUGUUAUCAUCCCAGAGAUUCAGGAUGAGUUAGACACUCGAAAUUUUGAGAAGUAUGAAGAGCUGGGUGUGCCAGGUCAAACUCCAUCAAAGUCGGGCCCUUUGAGAAAGCAGAAGCUUUCACCCAAGGAUGUGAACUUUGUUGGUUAUACGUACAAGAAUUUCGAAAUUGUCAACGAACACCACUUGUCUGGCAUUACUGAGAUGAGAAAAAAGCCUAUCAAGACCAAGAGACCAUCUGUUACGACUCUAUUUGCCACAGCAGAUUCUUCGGAGCAGCCUGUUCAAAAAGGUUUUCCUAAUCAUUUGCCAACCCAUCUUGAAGUCUCAGAAAGCCCUGAUCCAUCACCUCGUUCAACCGGAUCACUGCAACAGCCGAAACGGUGGGGAAGAUGAAAGUUCAGGCCACAACUUGCUCUUUAGCUUAGCCUCAAAGAAUCCAGAGGCAGUAUAUGUUUUAUACUGCUUGAGGAAGGGGAUCAGAAAAGUAUCUGAUAUUGUAUAAAAUAUUGUAGAUUCUGCAAUCUUUAUUCACAAUGACAGAUUCUGACCCGGCUAGUUAGCCUUCUUGUGAGUUAGAAGUUUACAGAAAGUUAGGAUUUUUUUCCCUCAAACCCUUCAGUGGAAAAAGGUUUCCAUAUGUUGUUAGAUGGCCAUGAGUCUAAAGCUUCUCUCACAGCCAGAAUCCAGCAGAACUUCAAGUUGAUUCAGCUCAAAAAUCUGCAUUUUCCUCGAUCACAGAUGUGUUCUAGAGGGAGAGAUUCAAGAUUCAAGUCAUGUAUUUCCAAGUUGUGGUAUUGGAAAUGUAAUAUACCCCAAAACUUAAAUGUGGCUAUAGUGUAUAGAGUUUUAAGAACUAAUUCAAAUUCCAAUUUUAUUUCAUGUAUAUGUUCAAAA